UUCUUCUUUUCCAUUUUCCCUAGUUUAUUGAUUCGAUCAAAAUUGGAAUCAAGUUCAAUGUACAAUGCUACUUCUGUUUUCUUUCAACUUAAAUCAGUACUGUUUCUAUCACUUUUUUCCAAGAUAAAUCUUGCUUUGUCCACUCUUUCGUGCAUGAAUUUUCAAUGCCUUAGCAGUCAAACAAUGGAUAUCUCUUCGUUGACAUGCUUAUGACUGUAAAUCGCUUUUAUCAUUUAUAUUUAAUUCGUUUUUUAAUGUGCUUCUAUUGCCGUUUCUCUGCGUACAUUUAUUUAUUACCAUAUAUAAUUCGAUGACUAGCUUCUUUAUAUAGACUUCUAAUGGUGGCAUAUUUUAUGGUCUUUCUUCUGAGUUAUGUUUUUUCGUUUCUAUCUGUGUCUGUUUGAUGAAUGGAGUGAAUAACAUAGAGGAAGCAACCGUGUGAACACUUGUUUGGUGCGUGGUUCUAUGGAGAGGACUGGCGUUAAAUGAUGUAACUCCUGUUGGCUAUGCGUACAACAUGAAUUUGGCACUUUCAUGAAUCGAUAAUGUUAAUGCUGCAGAUAUGUGUUGAUGUGCUGUUCAUAUGGGCUAAGAGAUAUAUGAAUGGUUGGACUCAAUAAUUAAGAAUACAAUAGGCCUCUUUUGCUUGAGAAUUUUUUAACUUUGUUCUCUUUUAACAGCGUCAUCAUAACUGAACUAGACUGAUGUGGUCAUAUUCAAGCAGUGACGUGGAGAACAUAUAAUAAUGACUAGUGUUAAAAUGCUACCAUUUUCUUAUGUUUAAUACUGUAUGAUGGAUGCUCAAAGCAGCACAGAAUUGGAUGAAACUGCACAAAUGCUUCCACCUCCCCCAGGCACAUUUGUAGAUCGGGAAGAACUCAUCCAACAUGUUGGAGACUUUGCUGUGUCCCAGGGGUAUGUGGUGACUAUCAAGCAAUCCAAGAGGGAUAAAGUAGUUAUACUAGGCUGUGACAGAGGAGGUGUCUAUCGGAACCGGCGAAAACCUUCUGAAGAGUCCUCAACAGAACAUAGUCGUAAAAGAAAAACUGGUUCUCGUCUAACAAAUUGUCCUUUUGAAGCUGUGGGCAAGAAGGAUGAUGGUUUGUGGGUACUCACCAUAAAAAAUGGAACACACAAUCAUGAGCCCUUAAAGGACAUGUCAGAACAUCCUUCUGCCCGUCGCUUCACAGAGGGAGAAGUUUUGCUCAUUAAAGAAAUGACAGAUGCUGGGUUGAAACCUCGACAAAUUCUAAAGCGGCUGAGACAAAACAAUCCAGAACUUUUAUCAACACCAAAGCAUGUUUAUAAUGUUAAAGCUAAGCUUAGACAAGGAAACACGAAUGUUAGGAAUUUCAAGUCAUUGAGACAUGAGAAGUCUGCCGUAAGAAACAACUAUCUUGCUGUAAUUGAACCAUUGUGGCGGCAGUGCAACCCUCCAAGGGUUACCAAUCUUAUUGGAGGAAGAUUUGUUGAUUCACAGUCAUGUGCAUCAAUUGACAUUUUAAACCCUGCAAGCCAGCAAGUUGUUUCUCAAGUUCCAAUGACUACAAAUGAGGAGUUCAAAGCAGCAGUGUUUUCUGCAAAACGGGCCUUCUCAUUGUGGCGUAACACACCAGUUACCACUCGUCAAAGAAUCAUGUUUAAGUUCCAAGAGCUUGUUCAUAGAGACAUUGAUAAGGUUGCUAUGAAUAUUUGUACUGAACAUGGAAAAACACUGCAAGAUGCACAUUAUGAUGUGUUACGUGGGCUAGAGGUUGUUGAACACGCUUGUGGUGUAGGAAAUUUGAUAAAGGGGGAUUUUGUACCUAAUGUGUCCGAUGGAAUUGACACAUACAGCAUUAGAGAGCCACUUGGUAUUUGUGCUGGUAUCUGCUCUUUUGAUUUUCCGGCUAUGAUUCCAUUAUGGAUGUUUCCUAUUGCUGUCACAUGUGGCAAUACAUUUAUUCUAAAGCCAUCAGAGAAGAAUCCAGUUAUAAUGUCAGGGGCAUCUGUGAUGCUGGCAGAGUUAGCAAUUGAGGCUGGUUUACCUAAUGGUGUGUUAAAUAUUGUUCAUGGUACAAAUGACAUUGUCAAUGCUAUUUGUGACGAUGAUGAUAUAAAGGCUGUUUCCUUUGUUGGUUCAAAUACAGUUGGUGCUUAUGUAUACACAAGAGCAUCUACCAAAGUAGUUGAGGUCAAUGUAAAUUGGCUGGUUGGCUAUUGUCUUCAGUCCAAUAUUGGAACCAAAAAUCAUGCCGUCAUAAUGCCUGAUGCAAGAGUAGAUGCUACUUUGAAAGCUUUGGUUACAGCUGGUUUUGGUGCAGCUGGACAGAAGUGCACAGCACUAAGUGCUGUUGUUUUUGUUGGAAAUUUCAGUCAAUGGGAAGAUAAACUAGUAGAGCAUGCGAAAAAACUUAAGGUCAAUGCUGGAACAGAGCCAGAUGCAGACCUUGGUCCUGUAAUUAGCCAACAGGCAAAGGAACACACUUGCAGAUUGAUUCAAACAGGUGUGGAAUCUGGGGCUAAACUAGUGCUUGAUGGAAGAAAUAUUGUGGUUCCAGGUUAUGAACAGGGAAACUUCAUUGGUCCUACCAUCUUGUCAGAUGUCACAGUUGAUAUGGAAUGCUACAAGGAGGAGAUUCUUGGCCCAGUUCUUCUGUGUAUGGAGGUUAACAGCAUACAUGAGGCGAUAAACAUCAUCAAUAGCAACGAAUAUGGUAAUGGAGCAUCCAUCUUUACAACUUCUAGUGCAGCGGCAACAAGAUUCCAGACUGAGGUUGAAGUUGGACAGGUUGGCAUAAAUGUCCCGAUCUCUGUUUCAUUGCCUUUUUCUUCAUUCAUUAGCUCCAGGCCAUCUUUUGUUGGUGAUUUGAAUUUUGAUGGGAGAGCUGGAAUUCAGUUUUACACACAGAUUAAGAGGGUCGCUAAACAAUGGUCUGACACAUUAGAUGGAGAUAAAGCAAUUCUUGAAAUACCUUUUACUUAGAAAAUAUCAAUUGUAUUUUGCUGUCCUUUUCCCCCCUCCUUUUUGGGACAGUUGUAUAUACCUAGGCAAUGUAUAGCCGACCCCACCUAGUGGGAUAAAGGCUUGGUUGUUGUUGUUGUUGUUGUACUAUUUGUUUGAGCAGGAGUCAACUCUUUCUGUACCUGGUAGGUAAAUAUCUCGGAGUGCUGUGAGUAAAUUUUUGUAGAGAAUCCUAUCAAGUAAAGGAACUAUAUGUCAGA